GGAAUGGGGGCGGGGUGAGCAGUGUAGGGGGAAGGUUCUCUCCCAAAAAUUAGGUGGGGCUGUGUUGGAGGACGCGGGAAUAUGGCGCACAGUUGGUUAGGUCCUCCAGCACUGUGUAAGACACCUGGCUUCCAUUGUCAAAUCCCAUUGCCAUUGUCUUCUUGUAGGUCUCCUUCCAUGGCUACCUCUUCCAUCUCUAACCUUAACCAUUGCCAUUCCUCUUCUAACCCUAACCACUCUCCUCCUUCUCAACCAUCCUUGCUCGUCUUCUCAGGUGGCACUGCGUUCAAUGGCGUUGUGGAGGAGCUCAAGAAUUUCACCACACGUGUCGCUCAUGUUCUUCCCGUUUCUGAUGAUGGAGGAAGCACGGCCGAGAUUGUUCGAGUCCUUGGAGGUCCAGCUGUUGGAGAUAUACGGUCCAGAUGUUUGAGACUGUCUGAUGAGAGUACUUCUGAGGCUCUUGCCGUCCGGACAUUGCUGGGUCAUCGUUUACCCCUCGAUGCGCGACAAGCUAAAUUGGAAUGGUAUGAUAUUGUGGAAGGAGAACAUUCUCUAUGGAAAGGUGUAUCAAAACCCUACAGAGAAACUAUUAGAGCAUUUUUGGCUUAUUUUCAGAACCAGAUUCUCCGCCACUCUGACGAAUCAUUUUGCUUCAGCAAUGGCAGUAUUGGAAACUUCUUCUUUGCAGGAGCACGCAUAUUUUUUCAGUCAUUAGAUGCUGCAAUAUUUUUGUUUUCACGUGUUUCAGAUAUCCCCUCUGAAAGUUUGGUUCUUCCAGUGAUUUCAACAAAUGACAGGCUUACUUUAGGAUGUGAAUUAUGGGAUGGAACAAUAAUACGAGGCCAGAAUGAAAUUUCUCAUCCAACCAAGGGAUCCAUGGAACCUGUCAAUAAGGUGAACUCUCUAGUUCCAGGACUUCCAUCAAGAAUAAAGAGGGUAUUCUACAUGUCAAGUGAGGGCCAAAAUCUGCUGCAUGAGGUCUUCCCCACAGUGAACCCAGCUGUCCUGGAGCAGUUGAGUAAUGUGGACUGCAUUGUUUAUGCCAUGGGUUCACUCUUUACUUCUAUCUGUCCAUCAUUGGUAUUGAUUGGCAUCGGGGAGAUUAUUUCUUCAAGGUCCUGCCCCAAGGUACUUCUGUUGAAUGGAACUUAUGAUCGAGAAACAACUGGCUUCUCAGCUUCUUGCUUUGUAGCUGCUAUCACAGAUGCAUUAAAUCGAACAUGGGGAAAUCCUCAUAAUUGUCUGAAAAACCUUGCCAAUCAAUACAUAAACACCAUUUUAGUACCAAAAGAUGGUGAAAUUCCUGUAGACGUUCAACGCUUGGCUGCUCAAGGAAUCUUUGAUGUGAUCCCGGUCAAUUCUAUACUUGACCCCAGUGUUGGUGUAAUGUUUGACCCGAAGUCAUUGAUACAUGCUCUAGCCGCUUUGGCAGGCAGAUAUGAGAGCAAAAAUGUUACAGUGGUUUAGAUGGCUGUGCAGAUGAUAUUCAAGCAUAGUAUUUUCACGUGGCUAUUACUUUUUCGUCAUCAGGUUCACUGAGUUACAGGUAAUCGAUGCACAAAUGGAAUCACCAUUCAGUUGGAUAGGUGUAAUUCUGUUCUAAAAAUAUCAAGACUGGUGAUACAUCUAACAGGUGUUUCUAUGGACUGGAGGAAAGAGGUGGGCUAGGCGUCAUGUGAUUGCGACUUCUGAGAAAGCCUCAUGAGGAUGUCCAUGUACAGGUGUCCGUUUCAUUUUUAAUAUGUAUAUAUCUUGGACCCAUAUUGCAGUUUAUUUAGGUAUACUCUCCCCCCACUUUUUUUUUUUUUUUUUUUUUUGUCUUUUUUUUUGGGUAC